AUGUUUAAGAUAGUUGUUGAGGCCGUCCAACAUGGAUGUUGUGGCAACUCUGUGUUCUGGGACAGCGAGGCUGCGAAGAUUUUGAAAACAUCUGCAGCACAACUACGUUCAACCAUGAUAGAGGCUGGAAUUAAUGACCCACUCGAGUUUCCCCUGGCACUCGAUGUUAUGUUGGGCUUGAAGUUUGCUUUCAAAGUGAAGUGGCACCCUCGGUUUGGAACUUGCUCCAUUGUACAGUUUCUUAAAGAUAAGAAACUCAUCGCUCAACUUGAAGGAGCAGUUGAUGGAGAUGGUACCUAUCAGGAAGGUGAAAUCACUUCUGCUCAGUUUCCAGAUCCCGCCACCCCUACUACUAAUGUGAAGAGGAUGUCUCCAGAUGCUUCCACCGAAUCUUCAAAAAUACCUAUGGCCGGUGGGGACUUUUCAUCCACUAAACUUAAGAAAGUUGUGAAACGGGCAAAAAAACAGCUGUGUAACAGCCAUGGAUGUGGUUCAGCAACGCAUGAUUUUUUGACAUUCCAGGAUGCAUUACGGAUUCUGUUAUUUUGGCCGACAGCUUGCAUUAAACACUACCAUUAA